AUCCACUUCUAGUCAAUUGUGACAUGUUUGCUUUUACACUUUUUCACACUAGGGUAAUGGAGUGAGUGAUGAUUAUUUAUUUAAAACCUUGGUUGAUUUAUUUCUUCUUCCUCUUGAAAGGGUCUUUGAAGAGUAGUUCAAGAAAAAAAAAAUGGCUAAUAAGUUGUUUGGGAUUUUUGCAUGCAUAGUGAUUGUGGCUUUAGAUGCUCUAGCUGGUCUUCUUGGAAUAAAAGCAGAAGCAGCUCAAAACCAGGAAAAACACUUGAAGCUAUGGAUUUUCGAGUGUAAAGAGCCUAGCCAUGAUGCAUUUAUUCUAGGGUUAGCUGCUGCGGGUCUUCUAGCAGCAGCUCAUAUUCUUGCUAAUCUUGUUGGAGGCUGCAGCUAUUGCUACUGCACUGGUGAUGACAUUCAAAAAGCACCCCCUAGCAGGCAAUUAUCACUAGCUUGUCUUCUUUUCACAUGGAUCAUAAUGGCAGGUGGAAUGGGAAUGCUGGUGAUUGGGACAAUGGCAAACAACAAAUCGAGAUCUUCAUGUGGUUUAUUGCAUCGUCAUUUCUUCUCAAUUGGUGGAAUUUUGUGUUUCGCACAUGCCAUCUUUUCUGUGGCAUACUAUGCCACAUCUACUGUGACACUUGCAUAGUGUCACAUUUUCCUAAUUAGUUUGUCUUAAAAUCGGGCGACUCCAUCGUCCCACUUGUAGUCUGAAGAAGAGUCCUCAACGAUAGGUUAGGCCAAGCAUCCUACGAGUGGGUGCGCCAGAUGGGGUACGUUCAUUUUCUUUGUUUGAUCAUAGUUGUGAGAAUCAGUUUUUGAAUGACUGGCAUUAUGUGGAUAAUCUAGGGUGUUCGAUGUUUUCAAUUAAUGGUAAAUGCAUAAUUAUUAUUAA